GUUGGCGGUCGCCGUCGCAUCUUCGCUGGCCGGUGCUCCCGCCGGGACGCUGUUGCGCACGCCUCAGCGCGGUAACGGACGCGCCGCCCGGUGCGCCGGCUCGGCCCCGGGGAUGGGCCCCAAGCUCGCAGACUCCGUGGAGGCGCUCCGCGCCGCCGGCAACCAUAGUUUCCGCAACGGCCAGUUCGCCGAAGCCACCGUGCUCUACAGCCGCGCGCUGCGGACGCUGCAGGCGCAAGGUUGCUCGAACCCGGAAGAAGAAAGCAUCCUCUUCUCUAACCGUGCAGCGUGCCACCUGAAGGAUGGCAACUGCAGGGACUGCAUCAAGGACUGCACUUCAGCGCUGGCCCUGAUUCCCUUCAGCAUGAAGCCCCUCCUGCGGCGGGCCUCGGCCUACGAGGCUCUGGAGAAGUACCCCCUGGCCUAUGUGGACUACAAGACCGUGCUGCAGAUCGAUGACAGUGUGGCGUCAGCCGUGGAAGGUCUCAACAGAAUGACCAGAGCUCUCAUGGACUUGCUGGGGCCUGAGUGGCGCCUGAAGCUGCCCUCUAUCCCCUUGGUGCCUGUCACAGCUCAGAAGAGGUGGGAUUCCUCACCUUUGGAGUACCACAAAGAGAACACUAAGGGCAAAUUCAGAGAAGCCACAACCGCCAAGGGCAGAGUGUCUUCUGCUGGGGAUGUGGAGAGAGCCAGAAUUCUGAAGGAAGAAGGCAAUGAGCUUGUAAAGAAGGGGAACCAUAAGAAAGCUAUUGAGAAGUACAGUGAAAGCCUGUCCUUUAGUGACAUGGAGUCUGCCACGUACAGCAACAGAGCGCUCUGCCAUUUGGCCCUGAAGCAGUACAAGGAAGCAGUAAGGGACUGCACAGAAGCCCUCAGGCUGGAUGGAAAGAACGUGAAGGCGUUCUACAGACGAGCGCAAGCCUACAAGGCACUCAAGGACUACAAAUCCAGCUUUGAAGACAUCAACAGUCUUCUGCAGCUUGAGCCGAGAAACGGCCCUGCCCAGAAGUUGCAGCAGGAAGUUAACCAGAGCUUAAACUAAAGACCCAGAAGCUCUGCGCCGCAGCCUCCUGCGGGGAGGUGCCCAAGUGGUUUUAAGAGUCCGGAGGUGUGGCCGCUCCUGAAGGUGGGAUGGAGAGAAAGGCCUUCUUGAAGUCCGUGUCCUUCCACUCUGGGCAGGGACUUCUUUUGACCUCAACAGUGGCCCCCCCUCCAAGCUUCUAGGUUCUUUGUAACGUGAAGUUAAUUUGAACUAAACUACUGAUUUUGUUGAACUGUGUAUUCAAGCUAUUGCAUUAAACAUCUUUCUGGUACAUAGAUGCCUACUGUAU